UGUAAAGUCCACCGGCUGCAGCCUCAGACCUCAGAUUAGCUCCGUGUUACUGAAGGAGAGAGACCAGACCCUCCAGCUGACCCACCCAGGACUUGGACUAUACAUCCUCAGACACAUUGAGACCUUCUCUGACGGCUUUUUUGGGUCUUGUGGAUUUUGUAUUUUGGUGAUUUUUCCUGGACUUAGCGAUCAUGUCGACAGCUGUGGAGGCAACCGGGUUCCUCAUGUGCAUCAUCGGCUGGCUGGUGACCGGAUCGGCGCUCGGUAACGACUACUGGAAAAUCUCCACGGUGUCAGGCAGUGUCAUCAUCUCCCAGAGGCAGUUUGAGAACUUGUGGCAUGCGUGUGCGGAGAACAGCGCAGGCAUUGCCGAGUGUCGGGACUUCGAGUCGCUGCUCGCCCUCCCAGCACACAUCCAGGCCUGUCGGGCUCUAAUGAUCAUCUCUCUGCUGCUUGGACUCGGCUGCAUGAUCGUUUCUCUCCUCGGACUCAAGUGCAUUAAAAUCGGAUCGGCCUCGGAGCAAUCCAAGGCCAAGAUGGCCGUGGCCGGAGGAGUCCUCAGCCUUCUUGGCGGUCUGUGCUGCAUCAUAGCCUGUUCCUGGUACGGCUACCAGGUGGUCCAGGACUUCCACAACCCGUUCUUUGGAGGAGUGAAGUUCGAGCUGGGUGCUGGUCUCUACGUGGGCUGGGCUGGAGGAUCCCUCUUCAUCCUGGGCGGAGCUCUCCUCUGCCUCGCCUGCAAGAGAACGUCACCUGCUGUCAAGAAAAGCUACCCUCCUCAGAAGGUCUACACUGCUACGGCCAAGUCUGACCCAGAUACAGCCAGAGCUUACGUCUAAACACACACACACACACACACACACACACACACACACACACACACACACACACACACACACACACACACACACACACACACACACACACACACACACACACACACACACACACACACACACUUUAGCAUUUUUUUCUUAUUGUUUUCAGACAUUUUUAUUGAUGACAUCAAAUGAAAAAUAAAUGGUCAAUUUUCAUUGAUUGUUAAACUGUUUAUUUUAUCUGAAUAAAGUUUGUUUUACAAAAUAA